GCGACUGCUGCUCCUCUCCACAUGGCUGCUUUAACGCUGCUACAGCUGCUGGUUCUGGUUCUGGUAUCAGGAGGUUCUUCUGGGUCGGACAUUUCCGGCCAGAAAAAUAUCACAGCAAUACUUGGAGAGAACAUCGUGCUGACAUGUCGAGCUGCAGACAGCAAACCUGUCACAGUUAUAGAUUGGACCAGGAGGGAUCUGCGGUCAGAGAGGGUCUUUCUUUUUCGAGACAACAACAUUUACCUGGAUAACCAGCAUGAACAGUUUAAGAACCGGGUGGAACUGCAAGACCGACAGAUGAAGAAUGGAGACGUGUCCUUGGUUCUGAAGAGCGUGACGGCUGCUGACAGAGGGAUAUAUGAGUGUAAAGUUGUUCAGCCAGGAGUAAUAAACACUGCUACCACAAUCUGCAUCAUCAACUUGGACGUUGUUCCACGGAGCAGAAUUCUCCCGGGAAACAAAGAAGAUGAUCUGGGAAAUGGAGGAAAUGAAGCUGGAUCUCCUGGACUACUGAUUGGGCUGACAGUUAUUCUUCAUCUGAGUGUACGAUUUUGGUUUUAGGAUUUUUGAAAUCAUGCAUCAAGACAAAGGUUUGCCUCCUACUAAAUAAUCAUCUAUGUUUAAUUUUUCAUGAUUAGCCUUAGUCAGACUUUCCUGAUGUUAAAGGAAGAAACAUAUGGUAAAAUCUCUUGAAGUAAAUCAGGUUAAGAGUUUUUUUCUGGACUCCAGGAACACUUUUUAUCCAAAUGGUCAUCUUUUGUGAGAGGAUUUAAAUUUUGAAAUAGAUUUAGGUUGAAGGUUAAGCAGGAUUUUAGGGGCUUUAGAUGUUUUUUCAAAGCGUAUCACAUAUUAUCAACAUGUUACAUCACUCUCCUGGUUCCAACUGCACAUCCACACACGAGUAGCAGCUAGCGCUCCAUAAAAUACCGUUGGUAAUAGCAACAAUGCUUUCUUCUAACCUUACUUAGUCUCGCUAUCACAUGGUCUCAAUAUUGUUGGUUCCCAUUGCUCAGCAGCUUUCUUUUUUCAUCCUGUCUGGCAGUGUAGCAUUAAGAAUUGUUUCAAUGACAAAAAGAGCCCAACAGAUUUUAUCUUCAC